GCCUCUCUCUCUUGCUCUUUCCAUCAAUGCUCUCUCUGAGCUCGCUGCUACUUUGUCUCCUGCCACAUUGAAAGUAAAGCCACCCUCUUUCUCCUUUUUUCCAAAUUCAGCACUCCCCUCCCUGCUCCCACUCUCAGAAUUCAACCCCACCCUUUUCCCCGAAAUCCACUCUUUAGGAUGCCCAUCUUCCAAAUUUAGCUCCUUUUACAUAAAAAUCCCAUCUUUCACCUAAAUGUCAGGCUACAACGCCCCAGUCCUCAACGAUGAGCUCUCAAAACGCACCGUAAUCUUCGGCCUCCACAUGUGGGUCGUCGUCGGAAUCUGCGUCGGCGCCGCCUUCGUCCUCCUCCUCUUCGUCAUCUCCCUCUGGAUCGUCUCCAAGCGCCCCAAAAGAAGCCACGUCAGCAGCAGCACCGCCGCCCAGAACCCGAUAAUCCCGAGCUUCUCCAAAGAAAUCCAAGAAAUCCCAUCCUCAGACCCAAAACCCCCACUCCCUGAAUCCAACCCUUCAUCUCUCUCCGUGGAGAGGCAGUCCCUUUUAGUCCCUCCUCAAGAUGAAGAGAACCCAAAUCCAAACUCAAACCCAGUUGGGCUUAAUCGCAUUCAUAUUGAGAUUGGUAAGGAUCAUAGGAUAACUUAUGGCGGCGGAGGCUCGAGUGGGGAGAGCAGGUCGACGGAGCAAGUUGUGGUGAAUGUGCCUGAGGUUUCUCAUUUGGGUUGGGGGCAUUGGUACACGUUAAGGGAGGUCGAGGCGGCGACGAAUAUGUUUGCUGAUGAGAAUGUGAUAGGUGAAGGUGGGUAUGGGAUUGUGUAUCAUGGAGUUUUGGGGGAUGGUACUCAGCUUGCUGUCAAGAAUUUGCUUAACAACAGGGGCCAAGCUGAGAGGGAAUUUAAGGUUGAGGUCGAAGCAAUUGGUCGAGUUCGGCAUAAGAAUUUGGUGAGGUUGCUGGGUUAUUGUGCAGAGGGUGCUCAUAGGAUGUUGGUAUACGAGUACGUAGACAACGGAAACUUAGAACAAUGGCUUCAUGGGGAUGUUGGGCCUACCAGUCCUCUCACUUGGGAAAUUCGAAUGAACAUUAUACUAGGAACAGCAAAAGGGUUAAUGUACUUGCAUGAGGGGCUUGAGCCCAAGGUAGUUCAUCGUGAUGUGAAGUCUAGCAAUAUUUUGCUCGACAAGCAGUGGAACCCUAAAGUCUCUGAUUUUGGGCUGGCUAAGCUCUUGGGUUCUGAAAGUAGCUAUGUCACAACACGAGUUAUGGGGACAUUUGGUUAUGUGGCUCCUGAGUACGCCAGCACUGGUAUGUUGAAUGAGAGAAGUGAUGUUUAUAGCUUUGGGAUACUCAUAAUGGAGAUAAUUUCAGGCCGAAAUCCUGUUGAUUACAGUAGGCCACAAGGAGAAGUUAAUCUAGUAGAAUGGCUUAAGACGAUGGUUAGUAAUCGAAACUCAGAGGGGGUUGUGGAUCCAAAAAUCCCAGAAAAGCCUACUUCAAGGGCGUUGAAGAGGGCACUUUUGGUAGCAUUGCGAUGUGUUGAUCCUGAUGCACAAAAGAGGCCAAAAAUGGGGCAUGUGAUCCACAUGCUUGAAGUUGAUGACUUUCCAUAUAGAGAUGAACGUCGAGCUGCUAGAGAUCAAAGGCAAUCAUACCGAUACAGCCCGCAUGAUAAAGAAAGAUUGUCAGAGAAGCCGGUAGCUGAAGCAAGUGACAGCAGUGCAAAUGAGAGCACCGAUGUUGAUAGGCCAUCAAGGUAGAGAAAACAAGAGGAGCAGCAGCUCUGAAAUUAUAGUCAUAAGGGUUAAAUUGUUGUAUAUGACAGCCCAAUGUGCAUAUUUGUCCCAUGUUGCCUGAUGCUACAAAAAUUUUGUAGAAACCGGAUGGUUUUAUUAUACUGUGCAUUGUUCAGAGAUCUUGAUCGUACGUUGCUGAUAAGUUUUUAACUUUUUCCGUAUCUUUUGUUCAAUAAAGUUGCAUUAGUAUUAUUAUCC